UAAGGAUUAUGUAAUCUAUAUAUGUAAUAUAUAACAUAUAUUAUAUGUAUGUAUAUUGUUUCAUAAUCAUGUAAGCAAGGCAUGAUAGAAGAGUCAGCUCAGCAUUAACUUGAGGCAGUGAAACUGGAGACACACACAGUUUAUUGAAAUUAUCCUUCAUCAGUCAACUCAUUUAAUUUUCACUACAGCUCUAUUGAUGGAAACUCUUUCUUCCCCACUUCAAAAAUGAGGAAACCUUGCUCUCCUUCAAUGCAAGAAUUCUAAAUCCCUGUGCCAUGCUGUCUGAUGGACAAUACAUUUUAUAAUGGCAUUUUCCCCAUGAACACUUAUUUUAUUUACCUGAAAGACAGAGAGGAGAGAGGAGAAAGAGAGAGAGAGAAAGAGAGAGAAAUGAAUCUAUCUCUUGGUUUGCUCCCAAAUGCUGGCAGUAGCUGGAGCUGGACUAGGCUGAAGCCAGGAGCUGGGAACUUAAUCUGGGUCUCCUACAUGAGUAACAAGGAUCCAAAUAUUUGAGCCCUCACCUGCUGCCUCCCAGCAGCAGAGGGGUGUGUGUGUGUGUGUGUGUGUGUGUGUGUGUGUCAAUAAGAACCUAGAACUGUGAGCAGAUACUGGACUUGAACCCAGGUACUUCAACAUGAGAUACAGGCAUACAGAUUAUGGAAAUAUUGCAUCUUUUUGAAUUAUCUAAACUGCUACAAGCCUCAUAUUUUGCAUUUGCACAAGAGCACAUUGAGGUGAUCGCGUAGUAUUUCAAUAUAAAUUUAUCUCACAUUGUUUUUCAUAUUCACUUUCUUGAAAGCUAGCAAAAUAUGAUACAAUAAUCAAAUAGGCUACUUUUCCCAGCUCAUAUGACUCCAGAAAAAGAAUUUCCAGGAGUGAUUGGCUUUGGUUUUUGAUAGGUAAUUACAAGAAGCAUUCCCACUGACAGUUGGAAUCAUGACCAGACUGGGUCUUGAAAGCCACAGCAGUGCAGUUGCAGCUGGUGACUGGCUUGCUGGCUGGCAAGGCGCCUACGGCAUAGGACUGGAUGUUCCACCAUGGCUGGGCGCUCCUCCAGGGAGCUGUCAGUCGCUGGGUUCCCACCGUGCCAAGCACCAGACAGGUGCAGAAAGGUUCAAGGUUUCUGUUCCCCAUUAGAGUUGAGGGCAUGCUGGCCGCCUGACAUGAGGGGCCUGAGGAGCAGAGUUCCUGCUUUGCUCUGGGUGGGGUUCUGCACUGACAUGGUCUUGAGAACACGCUGUUAUUCCUCACCUGCUGGAGGCUGGCCUGACAUGAGUGGUGAGUUUGCAGGGGGCGUUUAGAGAAACAGAGGACUGAGUCACUUCCAUUUGUAAGGCUUCUUGUAUGUUUUUUAAGGGAAAAAAAAAAGAGUCCUAAAAAUUGUGUUUUAUUUUACAUUUCAAAGAAAUUAAUGCUCUUAGAUCAAAACAUGAGAUGCAGUAGAACUGCAGCACUUACAGAAGAUGCAUAAAGCACAUAUGUUUAUAAGAAUAUUCAUUCCCAGUGAACGAGCUGGGGAGAAACAUUGAAAGUAACUGAUGGAGGUGCUUUCCUUCUACGUCCAAUAGGGCAUCUUUGUCACCGUGUAGCAUGGUUCUGAGAUUUUGUUUUCAGUCCUAAAACCAGGAGUGGGAGAAGAAUUCAGACCUAGGGUGGAGAAGAAAGAAAGGAAACGUAGAAGUUACCUUAGAUUUUGCAAGCCUAUGGAGAAUCUGGAAUAAAUGAAAGAGACAACAAUGCUGAUUAUUUUCUUUGGGAGAGGGUAACUAACACUUUGCUUUGCUACAGUUUUAGUCAAAUUUAGAUCUGAGAAGCCCAGUGGGAGCUGCGGCAGAACUGUUUAUUGUGUCUCCUGCUUGGCACAGAGCUGGAACACGUUAGCCAUUCCAGAAAACAUUUCUGGAAGGGAGUCAGAAAGUCACCUUAUUUCCCAGGAUACAUUUCUUGUCUUUGUUUUGAGAAACAAUAUUUAAAAGUUUAGCAAUUUAUGACAUAAGCUGAUAACAUACAUCUUUGCACUUUUUUCAGUGCUUAUGCAAACAUGUAGUUUAUGCAACCUGUAUAUCUCCUCUCACCUACUUGUUGGGGUAUAAAUAAGGUCACAGGUCUCUCUCUCUUUUACUUUUUAAUAUUGAAGUUAGUAGGAAAUUCAGAAACUCUUUUUAAGGACUUCCUCUACCCCAAGUUGUCCAAGAAAUUUGGGGUUUUCUAUGUCCAGGGGUGUAAUUCCUGUUUCCAAACACCAGUGAAAGGGAGUAUAUGGAAGACUUGGCCAGUCUGCUGUCACAUGCCACACCCCAUUUUCUGCUGCAGAGCCCUUGUCACCACAGCAGUGUGUCAUUGAUGAAAAUAGGCCUCCCACAGAGUCAGAUGCUUCCAUUAUCACCCUGUGGAAACAGAUCCUUGCUCAGGUUACCGCAGUUCCUAGAGGAAGAUCUCUCUAUCUCAUUCUCUCAGCCUCGGUCGGUCUCACUCAAGACUACAUUUUCCUUGGAUUUCCAGAGUUGCUAUAGCAGUUUCCAAAGUUCCUCCAGUACCUUAUGGGUAAAAGCAAGUUCCAGUUUCAGCUGCGAAGUCAAGAACAACCCAUCUGACAUCAUGCAGUAGGCGUUGGCAGAAAUCUUUCCUCUCAUGGUUGUCCUUGGGUGUCCUUAGUGUGUCUAUUUGAGUGCUCCAACAAGAGUCAUCUCAAUGCUUCACGUUGAUUCUAAGCACAUGGAACCUCCCAGGCAGUGGAAGACGUAGUCUCUGUCUCUUGUUCUUUCCUCUCCUCCUGGAUAGCCACUGACUUUCCUUUGCUCUAGUGAAGAUGGUCUACUUGAUGAAUUCAGAAGAACAGAAAAUUCUCCUCUGUGGUAAGUCCCUAUCUUCACCUAAACAGAGAAGCAAGAAGACAAGUUGUAAAAGGCAGCUCCCCUUAGUCAAACAAGCAAAGCUGUUCAAUGUAGUCUAAUUACACAUACAGCACUGGGAUUAAGUGCUCUGCUCUGGAACCAGAUCACUGGAUUUCAAGAAAAAUUUUGCAGCUUUCCUUGAAUGUGGCAUGACUUUUAUCCUUCUGUACCUCAGUUUCUCCAUCUGUAAAAUGGGAUGCAGAAAAUAAUGAAAUACAUCAACUUCACAGGGAUUUUCCUGAGAUAUUUAGUUUACACAGCAAACAAAUAUACACAACAUAUAAUUUUUUUUCUUGCAAAGACAGGAUCAUGCUAAACUUAAUUUGCUCUUAGUAAACAAUUAUGUCUGUGUUUUUAGUAAAACUAUGUAAUGGUCAGACUUAUUUAGAUGAAAACAUGUUACAAGUUUAUCAAUUUCAGCUUACUUCAUUAGCAUACUUUGUCCCAAAAAUCAUUGAAGUGGUAUUCACAGAUUUCUUUGAAGAUAAUUUGUAUACAUGUGAAGAAGUGUUCCAAAGUGUUUUGUCAUUGUCUCAUCAGCGUUGCCUCUCAGCAGUUUUGCAGUGAGGAGAUUCUGGUCACCCUGCAAAGACACAGGGAUGCAUGCCGUGGAGGCCAUGGAGCCAUAGUCACUGAGCCAGGAAUGGGCUGUCCUUUUGACCUUGCGAAUUAAUCACCAGAGUUGCACUAAUCACAUUGAACUUGAAGAUCCACACAUGGCAAGCUGGACUAGACCGAUUUUGAGAAAAGGAUACAGACAACGCCUGGAAUUGUCAGACAUUUACCAAAUCCCUUCUGCUGAUUCUGCAGACAACCUGUCUGAGAAGCUGGAGAGAGAAUGGGAUAGAGAGCUGGCUUCAAAGAAAAAACCCAAGCUCAUUAAUGCCCUUCGGAGGUGCUUUUUCUGGAGAUUUAUGUUCUAUGGAAUCUUAUUAUAUUUAGGGGAAGUCACCAAAGCCGUACAGCCUCUCCUAUUGGGGCGAAUCAUAGCUUCCUAUGAUCCAGACAACAAGGUGGAGCGCUCCAUUGCCAUUUACCUGGGCAUAGGUCUGUGCUUACUCUUUGUUGUGAGGACCCUACUCCUACACCCAGCAAUUUUUGGUCUUCAUCAUAUUGGAAUGCAGAUGAGAAUAGCCAUGUUCAGUUUGAUUUAUAAGAAGACUUUAAAGCUGUCAAGCCGUGUUCUAGAUAAAAUAAGUAUUGGGCAACUUAUUAGUCUCCUUUCCAACAACCUGAACAAAUUUGAUGAAGGGCUUGCGCUGGCCCAUUUCGUGUGGAUUUCACCUCUGCAAGUGACUCUGCUGAUGGGGCUGCUCUGGGAACUACUACAGGCCUCUGCCUUCUGCGGCCUUGCUUUCCUAAUAGUCCUUGCCCUUGUUCAAGCCGGGCUAGGGAGAAUGAUGAUGAAGUACAGGGAUCAGAGAGCUGGAAAGAUCAAUGAGAGACUAGUGAUCACUUCAGAAAUGAUUGAAAACAUCCAAUCUGUUAAAGCAUACUGCUGGGAGGAAGCGAUGGAAAAAAUGAUUGAAAACCUAAGACAAACAGAACUGAAACUGACCCGGAAAGCAGCCUACGUGAGAUACUUCAACAGCUCAGCCUUCUUCUUCUCAGGGUUCUUUGUGGUGUUUUUAUCUGUGCUUCCUUACGCACUUACCAAAGGAAUCAUCCUGCGCAAAAUAUUCACCACCAUCUCAUUCUGCAUCGUUCUGCGCAUGGCCGUUACUCGGCAGUUCCCCUGGGCUGUGCAAACAUGGUAUGACUCGCUUGGAGCAAUAAACAAAAUCCAGGAUUUCUUACAAAAGCAAGAAUAUAAAACACUGGAAUACAACUUAACAACUACAGAGGUCGUGAUGGAUAAUGUAACAGCCUUCUGGGAAGAGGGAUUUGGGGAAUUAUUUGAGAAAGCAAAGCAAAACAAUAGUGAUAGAAAAAUCUCCAAUGGUGAUAACAACCUCUUCUUCAGUAAUUUCUCACUUCUUGGUGCUCCUGUCUUGAAAGAUAUCAGCUUCAAGAUAGAAAGAGGGCAGCUGUUGGCGGUGGCUGGAUCUACUGGUGCUGGAAAGACUUCGCUUCUGAUGAUGAUUAUGGGAGAGUUGGAGCCUUCAGAGGGUAAAAUUAAGCACAGUGGAAGAAUAUCAUUCUGCUCUCAGUUUUCCUGGAUCAUGCCUGGCACCAUUAAAGAGAACAUCAUCUUCGGUGUUUCCUACGAUGAGUAUAGAUAUAAGAGUGUCAUCAAAGCUUGCCAACUAGAAGAGGACAUCUCCAAGUUUACAGAGAAAGACAAUACAGUUCUUGGAGAAGGUGGAAUUACUCUGAGUGGAGGUCAACGAGCAAGAAUUUCUUUAGCAAGAGCAGUAUACAAAGAUGCUGAUUUGUACCUAUUGGACUCUCCUUUUGGAUAUCUAGAUGUCUUAACAGAAAAAGAAAUAUUUGAGAGCUGUGUCUGUAAAUUGAUGGCCAACAAAACUAGAAUUUUGGUCACUUCUAAAAUGGAACAUUUAAAGAAAGCUGACAAAAUAUUAAUUUUACAUGAAGGCAGCAGCUAUUUUUAUGGUACUUUUUCUGAACUCCAAAGUCUACGGCCGGAUUUUAGCUCAAAGCUCAUGGGAUAUGAUUCUUUUGACCAGUUUAGUGCAGAAAGAAGAAAUUCAAUCCUAACUGAGACCUUACGGCGUUUCUCAUUAGAAGGAGAUGCUAGCAUCUCCUGGAAUGAUACCAGAAAACAAUCUUUUAAACAGAAUGGAGAGUUGGGGGAAAAACGGAAGAACUCUAUUCUCAAUCCAGUCAACUCUAUGAGAAAAUUUUCUAUUGUACCAAAAACUCCUUUACAAAUGAAUGGCAUUGAAGAAGAUUCGGACGCAUCCAUAGAGCGGAGGCUGUCCUUGGUUCCAGAUUCAGAACAGGGAGAGGCGAUUCUACCUCGAAGCAACAUGAUCAACACUGGCCCCAUGCUGCAGGGCUGCAGGAGGCAGUCGGUUCUGAACCUGAUGACACACUCGGUCAGCCAAGGUCCCAGCAUUUACAGAAGGACAACCACAUCCGCACGAAAAAUGUCUCUGGCCCCUCAGACAAACUUGACUGAAAUGGACAUAUAUUCAAGACGGUUAUCUCAAGAAAGUGGCUUGGAAAUUAGUGAAGAGAUUAAUGAAGAAGACUUAAAGGAAUGCUUUAUUGAUGAUGUGGACAGCAUACCUACAGUGACCACAUGGAAUACAUACCUUCGGUAUAUUACUGUCCACAGGAGCUUGAUUUUUGUGCUAAUUUGGUGCAUAGUUAUUUUUCUAGCUGAGGUGGCUGCCUCCUUGGUUGUGUUGUGGCUAUUUGGAAACACUGCUCCUCAAGACAAAGAGAAUAGUACAAAAAGUGGGAACAGCAGCUAUGCUGUGAUUAUCACCAACACCAGCUCUUACUACUUUUUUUACAUUUAUGUGGGAGUAGCCGACACCUUGCUUGCAUUGGGAUUAUUCAGAGGUUUGCCACUGGUGCAUACUCUAAUCACAGUGUCGAAAAUUUUACACCACAAAAUGUUACAUUCUGUUCUUCAGGCGCCCAUGUCAACACUCAACACAUUGAAAGCAGGUGGGAUUCUUAAUAGAUUCUCCAAGGAUAUAGCCAUUCUGGAUGAUCUGCUGCCUCUUACCAUAUUUGACUUCAUCCAGUUAUUGUUAAUUGUGGUUGGAGCCAUAGCAGUGGUUUCGGUUUUACAACCUUACAUCUUCCUAGCAACAGUUCCAGUGAUAGCAGCCUUCAUUUUAUUGAGAGCGUACUUCCUCCAUACCUCACAGCAACUCAAGCAACUGGAAUCUGAAGGUAGGAGUCCAAUUUUCACUCAUCUUGUUACAAGCUUGAAAGGAUUAUGGACACUUCGUGCCUUUGGACGGCAGCCUUACUUUGAAACUCUGUUCCACAAAGCUCUGAAUUUACACACUGCCAACUGGUUCUUGUAUCUGUCAACACUACGCUGGUUCCAAAUGAGGAUAGAAAUGAUUUUUGUCCUCUUCUUCAUUGCCGUAGCCUUCAUUUCCAUUUUAACAACAGGUGAAGGAGAAGGAAGAGUUGGUAUUAUUCUAACUUUAGCCAUGAAUAUCAUGAGUACGUUGCAGUGGGCUGUGAACUCCAGCAUAGAUGUAGAUAGCUUGAUGCGAUCUGUGAGUCGAGUCUUUAAGUUUAUUGACAUGCCAACAGAAGAAACUAAGUCUACCAAAUCCAUCAAACCAUCCAGUAACUGCCAGCUAUCAAAAGUUAUGAUUAUUGAGAAUCAACAUGUGAAGAAAGAUGACGUCUGGCCCUCAGGAGGCCAAAUGACUGUCAAAGGUCUCACAGCAAAAUAUAUAGACAGCGGAAAUGCCAUCCUGGAGAACAUUUCCUUCUCAAUAAGUCCUGGCCAGAGGGUGGGCCUCUUAGGAAGAACUGGCUCAGGGAAGAGUACUUUGUUAUCAGCAUUUUUGAGACUACUGAACACUGAAGGAGAAAUCCAGAUUGAUGGUGUGUCUUGGGAUUCGAUCACUUUGCAGCAGUGGAGAAAAGCCUUUGGAGUGAUCCCACAGAAAGUAUUUAUCUUUUCUGGAACAUUUAGAAAAAACUUGGAUCCCUAUGAACAAUGGAGUGAUCAAGAAAUAUGGAAAGUUGCAGAUGAGGUUGGACUCAGAUCUGUAAUAGAACAAUUUCCUGGGAAGCUUGAUUUUGUCCUUGUGGAUGGGGGCUAUGUCCUCAGCCAUGGCCAUAAGCAGUUGAUGUGCUUGGCCAGAUCUGUUCUCAGUAAGGCAAAGAUCUUGCUGCUUGAUGAACCCAGUGCUCAUCUGGAUCCUAUAACAUACCAAAUAAUUCGGAGAACUCUGAAACAAGCAUUUGCUGAUUGCACAGUAAUCCUCUGUGAACACAGGAUAGAGGCAAUGUUGGAAUGCCAACGAUUUCUGGUCAUAGAAGAGAACACAGUGCGGCAGUACGAAUCCAUCCAGAAAUUGCUGAGUGAGAAGAGCCUCUUCCGGCAGGCCAUCAGCUCCUCGGACAGGGCAAAGCUCUUCCCCCACAGGAACUCAAGCAAGCACAAGUCUCGGCCCCAGAUCACUGCUCUGAAGGAGGAGGCAGAAGAAGAAGUGCAAGAAACAAGGCUCUAGAGAGCCAGUGCAAAUGUUUGCAUGGGACAUUCCCUCAUGGAGUUGGGGGAGAAACAGUUGCCUCUGCCUCAGAAAACAAGGAGAAAUAAUGUUUUUUUUUUUUUAAGCAAACAUUUUGGAACAAAGAGUUGAGGACAUUCUUAUGAUCUGCAUAGAUGGCUUCCUGGCCAUGGUCAAAUCAUGUGAGAGGUACUUCAAAUCCUUGAAGAUUAACACCUGGGGUUUUUCUUUGCCCUUUGAUAGUAGUUGGAAAGGCAGCUAUAAAAUUCAGCCAGGUUAGAUGUUCAGCUUACUGUUUAGUGAAAAUUGUUCAUUUGUCUUAUUGAAGAACUGAAAUCAUGCUUCUUAGAGGAAUGAUUAAGUAAUGGUAACUGGAAACUUGAGUGGUUCAUAUAAAUUUAUAUCCCCCUUUCUCUCCUCUCUUCAAGAUAUUUAGAAACACAACUACAGUCAUGCACUGCAUGGUGAUGUUUCUGUCAACAAUGGACUAUAUCUACAAUUGUGUAACACAUAGCGUGGGUGUGCAGUAAUAAUCUAGGAUAUUCAUACAGCAACAAAAUUAUCUAAUGACUCAUUGCUCAAAAUAUGUCCCUGUCUUUAGGUGGCGCAUGACUGUACAUUGUCCGCCAAUAAUUCUGGCUCUCAUUUCUAAGGAAGGGUUAGAAUACUGUAAGAGUCAAAAAGCAGCACAUCAAUAAAAGCCCCAUUCCAUUUAGCCUGGAAGUUAAGAUGCAGGUGAAGAUGGCUGCAUCUCAUAUUGGACUUCAGUACUCAGCUCUGGUUCCCGAGUUUAGUUUCCUGUUAAUGCAAACCCUGGGAGACAGAGGUGAUGGCUCAAGUGAUUGUGUUCCUGCCACCCACAUGGGAGACCUGGAUUGAGUUACAGGUUUCCAGUUUCAGCCCAGUCCAGUCUUAGCCACUGCAGGCAUUUGGAGGAGUGUAUAAGUGUCCCAUUCAACAUGUGGUUAGGAAAGAGAACUUCCGAUUGUGCAGAUUAGGGUUAGUACCAUCCAGCUUUACCAAAAAUCUAGCCAAGUCAGAUAAUCAGAAUACACAGAGCAGCUCUCUUGAUGCUGAAAUUGACAGGACUUUCCCUUACCUCCAGGAUGUAACAAGCUCAUAAGACAUAAGGACCAGAAGAUGGCUGGAGAAGUGUGUUGUGCGAACUGUCACAGGGAAGCCCUUCUUCCCUGAGAAGCUCCCAGUAGAAAGUGCAUGGGUAGAUAGGCCAUGGGUGCUAUAGUGGACACAAGGAAACAUGAGCAUCUAGAUCUAAAUGGUGAUGGUGGUGUGUCUUCAGGCUAACUAUACAUGCUUCAUACUGUCUGCUCUGAAGGAGAGAGGGAAUGGGAGACACCCCAAAGAAGAGCCAAUCAUGAAUUAGUUUUAUAUGCUUUUUUAUAAUUCUGUGAUGCAAAUAAAAUUUUCUCUAGGAAAUAUUUAUUUUGAUAAUGUUUCAAACUCUUACAUAACAAUGCUGUGUUUUAAGAAUGAUCAUAUUAUGAAUUAUAUUUGUAUGAAAGAAUUUUAUAUUUGCAAUGUUGACUUUUUAUGCCUUUAGAUAUUUUUAUGAUAUAUUAUGUCAAGUUUGGGUGAGAAGAACCUAGGGUAAUAUGGCCCAGGCCAUGACUCACUUUUACUGUGUCAAGAGAAACAUCAGGGCUGAUGUUGCACACACCUAUGUGGCUCUUGCCCAGAACUCAGGUUGUCUCUUAGAUGUAGUUCUGAAGAAGACGGUACCAUAAGUCCGACUGCUCCUACCAAGGACACACUGCCAUUCCUACUUCAAGCUAACCCUGAAAAAGAUCGCAUUGUAUUUAUUACUGUAAGAAAAUAACACAUGUCAAUAAAUCCAUACAUUUGUGUGAAACUUA